AUGGAAAGAGGGCUCUGGAAACUGAACUGCUCCCUUUUAGAAGAUGAUAGAGUAGUUCGUCAGUACAGGGAGCUGUUCAACCAGUGGCAGAUGCUACAGGACUUCUUUGACAUACGAGAGCAGUGGUGGGAAAUGGUGAAGGAUGAGACCAUCACACAGUCUAGUGAUGCCAAGCCAAAGGAGGUCAAUAAGUAUAACCAGCUAGAGCUGAAGGGUCUGUAUUCUAUCGCCCCUCUGGUGCGGUCCGUGGAGGAGACCCCAGAGCCCAUCUCCACAGAGGUGCUUGGGACCAUCCCUCCCUGGAUCCAAAGCAGCCUCCUCCGCAACGGCCCAGGGAAGUUUGAGUUCGGAAACCAACACUACAACCACUGGUUUGAUGGGAUGGCCAUGCUGCACCAGUUUAAGAUUGAGGAUGGCAAGGUGACCUAUUAUAGGAGUCGCUUCCUGCAGAGUGAUGCCUAUAAGAAGAACAGCGCGAGGGACCUCAUCAUGGUGUCAGAGUUUGGCACGGUGGCCAUGCCCGACCCCUGCAAGAACUUCUUCCUGCGUUUCCUCUCUCGCUUUGAAAUGCCAGAGGCAACAGACAAUGCCAGUGUUAGCUUUGUAAAGUACAAGGGAGACUGCUUUGUCACCACUGAGACCAACUACAUGUACAGGGUGGGCCCAGAGAGCCUGGAGACACGGGAUAAGGUACAGUAA